GAGACUGAGUCCUGGUGUGUGCAAGCGUGCAGAGCUGAGACCGGGAGCGGAUCUCAUCUACAGAGACUCACAGCUUUCCAUUGCAUGUAUUGCGGCUCUGGAGUCAGACUGCAUGGCUUUGCAGUCCUCCAUCCCUCACCACCGGAGACAACUCCUAAGAAGAACCGCUACUACUGCUGUUACCUUAUAUGAUAUAAGGGGCCCCAUUACCUAUAUCAAUACUGUAUGUCCUUACAAUGUAGAAGUAAAUGUUUACCUUGAAGACACAGUCCUUCAAAAUGCAAAUUUGCCACUUGGAGGCCAUAGCAAGCCUGCGAAGUGUACAGCACUCCAGAAAAUUGCUAUAGUGAUCCCUUUUCGAAACAGAGAACCACAUCUUAAUGUCUGGCUACACAACAUGCAUCCGUUUCUACAGAAACAGCAAGCAGAUUACGGUAUUUAUGUGGUGGAACAAUUCGGAGAUUCCAAAUUCAACAGGGCCAAACUGAUGAAUGUUGGUUACUCAGAGGCAGUUAAUGAGUAUGACUACAACUGCUUUAUCUUCAGUGAUGUUGAUAUCAUCCCAAUGGAUCACAGAAAUUUGUAUAGGUGCUCCAAAAACCCCAAACAUAUGGCUAAUUCUUUGGACAAGUUUAAUUUCCGAUUACGAUACAAGACAGUUUUUGGAGGAGUUGUGGCCUUUUCAAAAGAGCAGUUCCUGAAAGUGAAUGGUUUUUCCAAUGUGUUCUGGGGCUGGGGAGGAGAAGACGAUGAACUAUAUCAAAGGGUGAUAAAAGCAGGGAUGGAAAUUGAACGUCUUGAUCAAAACAUUUCUAAAGCAAAAGCAUUUGUUCACAGUAGAGACAAUGGUAAUGAACAAAACAAAAAAAGUGUUCCUCUGAUUUAUAAAGCUGGAAUGCGAAUGCACAAAGAUGGUCUCAAUUCAUUAAACUACACAAUCAUCAGCAUUACUAAGCACAGGCUGUAUACCAAGGUGACAGCUGAUAUUGGAUCACCAGAGAAGUCCAUCAACUAGAAAACAUGGUCUAUGAAGAACAUGGAAUCUGUGAUGUUUUUAUACUGCCCUUUGGGCUUAGGUAAAAGAAACUGAGAUUGCAAUUAUUGACUGUAGCAUAUAAUUAGUCAUUUACAGAAACAUAAAACUCUGUUGUUAGAGGAUACUACAAGCUCCUGCAGAUUCAAUUACUUCUAAGCAACGGGGACACACAAGUUGAGAGGAAAAUCAACGUAGCACGUGUUAUAUAUAAGCAAACCACCCACCACAACUGAUGUCUAUUGGCUGAAGAAUUCUGUAUUAGAGCAUGAACUACAGACAGUGAAACUGUUGAUCUCAUUGAUACUAUAUUAUGGUAUCCUCGUUCUACCCAGGUGAAGAAAAAGUACUUCUAUGAAGGAUAUGUAUAAUAUUAAAGUAUUGCAUGGACUCAAAUUGUACUGUUUUUUAUGGUUCUCUCUUAUUAUAUAUAAUAUGUUUUCACAGUGGCGUAACUAGACAUUUUAGCGCUAUGUGCAAGAAACAGUAUUGUUGCCCCCCCAGCAUACAAAA